CCCGCCCAGGAGAGAUGACUGACUGUGCCGUCCAAGCACACGGGUGCAGCAGGUCAGCGCAGGAAAAAAUUUGGGUUUGAUUUGUUAGGAUGAGUCCACUUGGAUUUGCUUUUGGCUGCCCCGUCCGAGCGUGCUGACGUGGGGGAGACACGUAAGAAAACCUCCGCCGGGUGGUGAAAUCAAACGAACCCCACCGGAGGCCGCAUGGUAGGACAGAGACUAAAUGCAGGUUGAGGCCGAGAUGUGAGAGGCGGUCAUGCCUUUUGUGAAGAGGAACAUAGAGCCCCGGCACCUGUGCCACGGUGCGGUGCCUGAAGGCAUCGGCAGUGAGCUUGAGUGUGUGACCAACAACACGCUGUCCGCCAUCAUCCGGCAGCUCAGCAGCCUGAGUAAACACGCAGAGAAUGUUUUUGGGGAACUUUUUAAUGAGGCCAACACUUUUUAUGUCCGUGCCAACACUCUCCAGGAUCGCAUUGACCGCUUGGCUGUCAAGGUCACCCAGCUGGACUCCAGUGUGGAAGAGGUCUCUCUUCAGGACAUAAAUAUGCGGAAGGCAUUUAAAAGCUCUACUGUGCAGGACCAGCAGGUCUUGUCCAAGAGCAGCGCUCCAAACCCCGUGGCUGAGAUGUACAACACCAGUGACAAGCCCCCUCCCCUCAGUGUCCUCACUGCUUACAGAGAGGACUGCAUCGAUGGCAUGAAGUUCUACACAGACCCAUCAUACUUUUUUGACCUGUGGAAGGAAAAGAUGCUUCAGGACACUGAGGACAAGAGGAAAGAGAAGCGGAGACAUAGGGAACAGAAGCGAUGCGUGGAUGGUACACUUCAGCGUGAGGUGAAGAAGGUUAGAAAGGCCCGAAACCGAAGGCAAGAAUGGAACGUGAUGGCGUUCGAUAAGGAGUUUCGUCCAGAUCACCGCCAUCCACACAUUCUCUGUCAAGGGGCAUCGGCUGAGGGCUGCCUCUCUCCGGAUGGCAGACCUGACCUCCCAGACUACCCGGUUCCUCCAGGCUUUGCCCAUGCAGCUUGUAACAUUGCCAAGCCUCACGGUUACGUCCCGGGGAACGCACACCCCUCACCACCUGUGGAGCACGAAUACCACAGCAUCGAGGUCAACUACAAAGGAGGACCCUACUCCAUAGUGGAGCCUCACCCUGCAGACCGAAUAAAUGGCUCCUUACUUCCACCUGUUGAUUACAACCUGGUGGAGUAUUCUACCAACCCUCCACCCCCUGUCCCAGGUCCACCUAUCCCAUCAGCACAGACAGCCUUUGGGUUCCCUCUGGGUGCACUACCACCCACCCCACACAACGGACCUUUGCACAUAGGCCCAGGCUACUCACUCCCACCUAUACCUCCCCCAGGCCCGCGCAUAGUUCCUCCGCCCCCUGGUCCUCCUCCCCCACCAGUCCCACCAGCCGCACCACCCCACCUGGCGGGACACAGCGAAGCCAAGCGAGCCGACGCUCCGCCUGUAAGAGACGCCAGGAGCGACCUGCUCUCCGCCAUCCGCAUGGGCAUCCAGCUGAAGAAAGUCCAAGAGCAGCAGGAGCAGCAGAGCAAGCGGGAGCCGGUGGGGAACGACGUGGCCACCAUCCUGUCCCGCCGCAUCGCCGUGGAGUACAGCGAAUCCGACGACGAGUCCGAGCUGGAGGACAACGAGUGGUCAGACUGACCCGGCCCAGAGGCUGGCAGCUGACUGGCGCUUUGCUUUAUUCACUCUUUGGUGAAAACGAAGCGAACAGGACCGUCCACAUGUGAGACUCCUGGACUGUUAAACACCAUCUCUGGCUCCACCUGCUGGACACAAUCAACAAAUACAAACUGUACCGUUGCUGCUAUAGUUACCUUAUUUAGUCUUGUAUUGUUGUAAUACUAUGCUGUCAUUAAUUGCUCACAAGGUAGUGUAAUUUUUAAAGCAGAUGAAUGAUAUGAUUAAUUUCUAAUUGCCCACCUGCUUGAAACAUGUUACUCACUGGUUUGACUGUGUAUAUGAAUGAGUGCGAGAGGGUUAUAGUGAUCUCAACAUUUUGCUGCUUGGUUGACAUUAACUUAUUAUUUAACAUACCUCAAUCUCUCAAAACUAUUUGGACCAAAUGUGCAUGGAUUGACACCUAUCACACAUGAAAAAUGGCAGGGGAAAAAAAACAUAGUGUCAGUGUUUUAUAGGUCAUUCCAUUUGACAGUCAUUAACAUCACCUGUCCUACCAUUAAUGUAGGAGACUAAUAGUCACAAAAUAUAAUAGCUACCUCAGUUUUUGAUUCUCCCAUGCUGUAUGUUUCAUGUGCAGUUCCACCACUGAAUUAUCAUUUAUUGUAACAUGUAUUUAAAAAUGUGGACAUGUCAAUAAAUUAUUUCAGUAUUAACUGGC